CUACCUUUUAUAACAAAUCAAAUCCGUACCCUUUUCCAAAAAGAUUAUUCCAAUUGUCGAUUUCGGCAACCCUAAUUUUUAACUCCUCUCACCCCCGCCAAAUCAAUUACCGUCUUCACGAUGUCUGACGAGUGGGACUCGGUCACCAAGAUCGGCAGCAAGGCUCGCGGAGGCGCAUCGCAGCGGGAGACCGUCGUGCGAGGCACCUCCGCGCUGAACGCCGCCAAGCGCGCUGGCGCCGCCAUCGCGACCGAGAAGAAGUUCUCUACCGGCAAUGCUGUAGGCAAAGGACCCGAAGGCCAACGCCUAACGAAGGUCGACCGCAGCGACGACAUCAUCAAGCCGAACACGGUGGGCAAGGAGGUCGGCGACGUCAUCAGCCAGACGCGGCAGAAGGUGGAGCCCAAGAUGACGCAGAAGGACCUAGCCACCAAGUGCAACACGACGCCCUCCGUCAUCGCCGACUUCGAGCGCGGCACCGCCAUUCCCGACCAGAAGAUCCUAGCCGCGAUGGAGCGCGUCCUCAACGUCAAGCUCCGGGGCUCCGGCAUUGGCGAGCCCAAGUUCAAGCCCAAGGAGAAGAAAUGAGCGAUCGGCAGAUAGUAGAUAGGCCGGAAAACACGAAGUACGGGCCGAUGAU